UUAAUGUCACAGUCAAAGCAUAUUUGCUAAAUUGAAUUCCACUCAAUAUAUUAGCCCAGCUUAUUGUUCUUUUUAUUUAUGGUUAUUUGUGCUCUAUCGAUGGCGUGAUUUUGCGUUGCAUUUAAUUAAUCGUUGCUAAAAUUUUAUUCGAGCUAGUUCUAAUUCAACUUUAAACUAUUCAAAAAUCAACUUCAUAUGCUCGGUUUAACCUGAAACGAAGUGAACUAAUGAACCAAGAAUGAAAUUCUACGUCUUAACAUCUGUUUUAUGUGCUUUUUUACUGAGCACUACGUGGUGUAGAGAUUAUACACCAAUACAUGAGGAAAAUAGAUGUGCUUUGCGGGGUUCUUGCAUGAAAUCGGGUGCCUCGGAUCAGCCGUGUGUGAACCAAACUGAACCUCAACCUGUUGAUGACGAUGAAGCAACUAGUAUUUUGCAGUCUCUAUGCCCAAAUUUUUACGUCAACAACGAAGACCCAGCAGUGUGUUGUGACGCUAGUCAAAUUAUAUCUCUUAAAUCAAACAUGGCAGUUCCAUCACAGCUUCUCUCACAGUGUCCAGCGUGUUACCGGAACUUCUUGGAACUCUGGUGUGCGUAUACGUGUGACCCAAACCAAAGUCAGUUUGUAGAUGUGACAAGAGCCAAAGAAUACGGAGAUGAAAUGUCAGCUGAAGAAAUGACUGUAUAUUGGGACCAGUCAUACGUAGAUAAUAUGUAUGACUCGUGUGUUGGCGUUCAGUUUGCAGGGAAUAAUAUGGCAGCCCUGUCACUGUUGUGCGACAAAGAAGUGUCGAAGUGUUCUCCUCAAGCUCUGGUUGACUUCUUGGGAUCGAAGAACAAUGGACAGUCACCUGUGCAGUUAAACUCGCAAAUAACUAAUUCGUCGACCAAAUUGCCUGAUGGCAUAGUGCCCAUGAACUACUCAACCUUCCCUUGCAAUCAGAACAUAGACGAAGUGAGUUUGGCCUGCAGCUGUGCCGACUGCGAUGCAAGCUGUCCCGCCCCAGUCCCAUACCCACCCCCAAAACAACACUGGAAGCUGUUUGGAUUCUAUGGCUACAUGGUGAUUGCGGCAGCGGUUUUUAUAGCUGUAGCUGCUGUGUUUUUGGGCGUGAUGCUGGCGGAUAAUGUGUACAAGUACUCGAGGAAUAGAAGAUUGCAAGAAGAUGAUCGUCCUCUGGACAUAGAUGCCACUGUGAGCCCAGGUGGGGUCAGAUUCGAGGAAGCAAGUCAAGGCUGCACUUUGGCAUUUGAAGCUGGAGGUACCUGGAUGAAGAAUGGACUGGAGAAUUUCUUCUACAAGUGGGCCCAUGUGGUGACGUCAUACCCUUUGGCAGUGAUGGUUGUGUGGAUUGCGGUCGUCGCAGGAAUGACUACAGGUUGUCUGUUCCUGGACAUAACCACUGAUCCCGUUGCUCUCUGGUCUUCUCCUAGCAGCGCCACUUAUCAACAACUCCAAUUCUACAACUCACACUUCAUGCCGUUCUACAGGGUGGAGCAGGUGUUUGUAUACACUUACGACAAGACUGGCCAAAGCCACUCUUCCAUUUCCAGUGGAUCGACUAACUAUUUUGGGCCAGUGUUCAACAAAUCAGUCAUGGACGAGGUGCUUACAAUGCAGUUGGAGAUACAAUCAAUCAGUGCGUACGACUCCACCCAGGACAAAAACAUAACUCUAUCCGACAUUUGCUUCAAACCACUUUCACCUUACAACACAAACUGCUCCAUAACAUCGCCUCUCGAAUAUUUCCAGAACAGCUUCGACAACCUUAACAAGACUGUGUUGCCAUGGUUUCAGACAGAUUACCAUGAUCAUUUGUUGAAGUGUGUAGUUGGCCCUGAGAAUACGGACGAUACUACGCCUCUGCAUAUGAGUUGUUUAGCCAGUUGGGGUGGUCCUAUUGAUCCCUGGGUUGCGUUGGGAGAUUAUAAGAACAAUGACUACGUGAGUGCGAAUGUGUUUGUGUUGACCUUCAUAGUGAAUAUGUACAAUGAAGAGGCCAAGAACCACGACGCGGAAGUGUGGGAAGUAGAGUUUCUAAACUACCUUAAGAAUUAUCAGAGCAGUCAAAUUUAUCUCAAGUAUCAGGCUCAAAGAUCAGUUCAGGAUGAACUUAAUCGAGAGAGUCAAGCCGACAUUCUCACAGUUGGUAUCUCAUAUUUCCUGAUGUUCGCUUACAUCUGCGUUGCACUGGGCAAAUACAGCACAGAUGGCUUCAAAAUGUGGGUGGAGGCUAAAAUAACAGUAGGCCUGAUGGGUGUUCUAGUCGUGUUAGCGAGUGUUGGUUGUGCAGUCGGUUUGUUCGGAUACCUUAGAGUGGCGGCGACGCUGAUUAUCUUAGAGGUGGUCCCGUUCUUGGUUCUGGCAGUUGGUGUGGACAAUAUGUUUAUCCUGGUCCAGGCUAACCAGAGAGCUGUAAAAAAAGACGCUGAAGAGACUACUCAGGAGAGCAUCUGUCGCAUCUUCAGCAAAAUAGCUCCCAGCAUGCUCCUCUCCAGCAUAUCAGAGACCACUGCCUUCUUACUCGGUGCCAUAACGCCUAUGCCAGCUGUGCAGUCGUUCUCUCUGUUUGCAGGAAUGGCCAUCUUGUUUGGCUUCCUCUUCCAGAUCACAGCAUUCCUCGCAGUCUACUACUGGGAUGCAGCUAGAGAAGCUGACUCGAGAUUUGACGUACUUUGUUGCGUGCAACGGAAGACAGUCUCCUACAGUCCCCAAGAGGACGAAACAGAUGACUCAAAUACUCAUGGAAGUGGUACAAAGAAAGAAAGCGUGGACAAUGGUAUUGUGUAUUCUGCUGUGAAGGAGAUCUACGCGCCCAUUCUCAUGAAUGAGUAUGUGAGGCCAUUUGUGGUCGUUGUGUUUGUCGGAUGGUGGAUUUUGUGUGGGUGUCUUGUGCCCCGAGUGGAAAUAGGAUUGGACCAGGAAGUGUCAAUGCCUUCGGGCUCCUACAUGCUGGACUAUUUUAAUGCUGUGGCCAAUGACUUAAUGGUGGGAUCUCCAGUAUACUUUGUGGUGCAAGAUAGCAUCGACUACUCUAAGUUCGAUGUGCAGAAUGGAGUCUGUAGUAGCAGUGGAUGCAGUAGCGAAUCACUACUAGGACAGAUAUCCAUCGCUUCCAGCUCACCAGAACACACCAUGAUAGCGACACCUGCCAACUCAUGGCUGGACGACUACUUCAUCUGGUCCAAACCAGUUGGGACUCCGACUUGCUGUCGAUUCUUCAACAACAGCAUAGAUUCCACAGAAUCAACUGAAAUGCUACAAGAGGAUACUUAUCUCGAUCUGGACAUUGAGUUCUGUAAUUCUUCAGUUGUUAGUGACAAUUGUCAGAGUUGCCGACCUGAAAGUGACGAGAACCCGAGGCCAACUCCGACUGAGUUCUACGAAUUCCUGGAGUGGUACUUGAAUGAUAAUCCGACUGACAAGUGCUCCAAAGGAGGCCACGCAGCUUACAAGUAUGCAGUUGACUACAGUCCACAAGUGAACAGAACCAAAGUGGGCGCUACUUACUUCAUGGCCUACCAUUCGGUGUGUAAGACCUCACAGGACUACACGAAGGCACUGCAGCAAGCCAUCAAGAUAGCAGAUAACAUCUCGGACACACUUGGAGUCACUGUGUUUCCGUACUCAAUCUUCUACGUGUACUAUGAGCAGUACCUCACAGUACAGAGUGACACAAUAACGAGUCUGAGUAUCUGCAUUGCGGCAGUAUUCCUCGUCUCAGUCCUCUUCAUGGGCAUAGACCUCCUAGCUGGGCUGUAUGUAAUAAUGGGGGUGGCUGGAGUUAUUCUGUCCAUGUUUGGACUCAUGUACUUCUGGAAUAUUUGGCUAAAUGCAGUCUCACUUGUUAAUCUCGUCAUGGCAGUGGGCAUUGCGGUGGAGUUCUGUUCGCAUAUCGUGCGUGCCUUCAUUCUGUGCGACAAAGAUACUCGGCUGGAGAAAGCGACUGAAUCUCUGAUUGAAACAGGCAGCUCAGUUCUCAGUGGUAUCACUCUGACCAAGUUCUGUGGAAUAAUUGUGCUGGCAUUUGCCAGUUCGCAGCUGUUCCAGAUCUACUACUUCCGGAUGUACCUAGGCAUCGUGCUGUUCGGAGCAGCCCACGGACUCAUUAUGCUUCCAGUAUUCCUCUCCUAUAUUGGACGAGUUGCUAACCCAGGAAAGAGAAGAACCACGGCAAUCCAAGCAUACGAUAAAUCAUAAUCGCAAAUCAGGCCAGUUGACGCGCAGAUUAAAAAUGAACUAUAAAUACUGCAAAGUAUCCCAUUUUAGCUCUAACUUUUACUCAUCUGAUAACAUAAAUUUUGACGUUUUAUUAAAAUCAAAGCGUCUCUAUAUUUUCAAAUGUAGUUAGAAUUGUAAAUCGAACUUACAUA